AGCUGUAUCUAGAAAUAUCAAAAACAGUAUUUUAUUACCCAUAAACUUGUGAAGAACAAACAAUUGCAUUUUUAAACAAUGAAAUUUUUAGUCGUCAUUGCAGUUUUAACAAUUGCCGCCGCCGGUGUAGUAAAUGCUCAAAGUCCUGUUCAAAUUCCAGAAGAACAAAAACAACGUAUACUUGAAUACGCUGCUGUGUGUGCCCAGGAAAAUUCUGUAGAUAAAAAUGCUAUACAAGCCUUGAAAACUGGUCAAUUUUCGAAUGCCGAUCAAAAUGCCAAAUGCUUCACCAACUGUUUCCUAGAAAAAGCUGGCCUUUUAGUCAAUGGCCAAGUCCAGAACGCUGUAAUAUCUGCUAAAUUGGGAGGUAUCUUUGGAGCUGAUAAAGUCAGCGCCGCCAUGGCCCAAUGUAAUGAUAUUAAGGGAGCCGAUAACUGUGAAACAGCAUUUGAGCUGUACAAGUGUUAUUUUAAAACUAAUGCUGCCCUUAUUUAAAUUACUAUUAAGUGACAAAUACAAUUGCA